GAGGAAAACUCGCUUGUAGCUCGUUUUCUUCAUCACUACGAAAGAAAAGAGGCGUCAAUUGUGUAGUGAAAACGUUUUGCUCGUGAUUAAUUGAUCCAGGAAAGUGCCAUCUGUGAAUAUCUUGCCAACUUUACCGAACUCAAAUAGUGAUGGGCGGAGCUCGAUGACGUGGCAGCCCAAACAUAGAGCUUACGAGGACGCAUCCUAUGCUUGCCAUAGUUUUGACUAACUUAGUCAAAUCAUAUUUAAAGAUAUCUCUAAUCCGAUUUCUUACUAGUGCAAUUGUUAUUGCAGAUAUCUCUAAUUGUCAUUGUGACUAGUCGAAUUAUAAUUAAGACUCGUCAAAAUACAAUUGUUCCUAUCUUAAAUUAUAUUUAUGGAUAGUCAAACCAAAGUUUUAAAUGCUAAAACGGCUUGCAAUAGCAUCCCUCGAAUUGAUUAUCCAUACUCUGCUGGCCUGAAACGGCUGUGGCGUAUCGCUUUGCGAUUCUGGAGAGCCAGAGCCGUUGAGAACUGUCCUGGUCUCUUAGCAACCUUUGUACACAAAGAAGUAAAAAACACGUGAAGCUCAUCGGGUGCUUUGGAUGGAAAAAACGACAAAAAGCAUCACAAAAAAUUAAACAAUGGUAAAGCAAACGAUUCAAAUCUUUGCCCGUGUGAAACCGACGAAGAAACAGACCGCGGAGUACUUUGUGGACUGUGAGGAGCAGGGCGGUAGUUUGGAGUUUGUGGUUCCCAGAGACUUGGCAGAUGGUGUUAUCAACAAUAAGAGGGAAAACUACAAAUUCAGGUUUCAGAAAGUUUUUGACCAAACAGCCAAUCAAGAGGAAAUCUUUGAGGCCAUUGCAAAGCCUGUUGCUGAUAAUGUGCUGGCAGGUUAUAAUGGCACCAUCUUUGCCUAUGGCCAGACUGGAAGUGGGAAGACCUUUACAAUCACUGGAGGUGCAGAGAACUACAAUGAUCGAGGGAUCAUCCCCAGAACCCUUUCGUACCUUUAUCAGCAUUUCAGCAAGGACAGCAGUAUGAUCUAUACAACCCACAUAUCUUACCUGGAAAUCUACAAUGAGACUGGUUAUGAUCUACUGAAUCCCCAACAUGAGGCAUCUCGUCUGGAGGAUUUACCGAAGGUGACAAUCAUGGAAGAUCCAGACCAGAACAUUCACCUCAAGAACCUGUCAUUGCAACAGUCGGCCAAUGAAGAGGAAGCUUUGGAUUUGCUAUUUUUAGGAGACACUAAUCGUAUGAUUGCAGAGACUCCCAUGAACCAGGCUUCUACACGGUCUCACUGCAUUUUUACCAUUCACCUGUGCAGCAAAGAGCUGGGUUCAGCCAUGGUACGGUGCUCCAAGUUGCACCUGGUGGAUCUGGCUGGGUCUGAAAGAGUGGGAAAGACAGGUGUGGGUGGUCAGAUCCUAACAGAAGCCAAAUAUAUUAACCUCUCUCUGCACUACUUGGAGCAGGUCAUCAUAGCCCUGUCGGAGAAGAAUAGAUCCCACAUCCCUUACCGCAAUUCCAUGAUGACCUCUGUGCUUAGAGACAGUUUGGGUGGUAACUGUAUGACCACCAUGAUCGCUGCUGUGUCUGUGGAGAGGAAGAACACUGGUGAGUCUAUAUCCGUCUAUUUUCGUUUUUCUUUUUGAUUGGAUAUUGUUUAUGAUUAUGAUUUGUUCUUUGAAGAACUGGAUCCUGCUCUGCUGAUUGUCCGUUUGAAGAAGGAGAUCCAGUGUUUGAAGGAAGAGCUGGCUCUGGUUACUGGAGAGCAAAGGAGUGACAAGCUAACCCAAGAAGAGAUCCAACAGUUGGAAGAGCAGAUAGAUGUGUAUCUGGAGGACCCUGACAGUGAAGUAACAUUAAACCUUGGGCCUGAUAUGAGAAAAAUCCAAUUUUGUUUCUCUCUGCUAAAGGUGAAGGUACGAGAGGGAUCCUGUGCUCAAAAUGGAAUGAGUAAUGACAGUACUCCUUUAAUGGUUGUCUCUGAUGGAGAGCAAAGAAAAUCAUAUGCAGAAGUCCAGAAGCUGCGGGACAUGUUGACCCACCGUGAUAAUGAGAUCAGUAUAUUAGUGAACAUGCUUAAGAAAGAAAAGAAGAAAGUUCAAGAUGUCACCUCCCAGCUGGCCCUGUUGUACCCAUCAACCAACCAAUCAUUCAUGUCACCCACAACUAAACAGGUGGAAGAGAGUGCAAAAUACGACCCCUCUAAUGAUUACACUCAUGCUCAGCAUUUGAUGACCAGAAAAAGAGUACUGGAAUUAUCUGUGAGUCAGCAGGAGGCAUUUGAAGUCUUUCUGAGAGACCAUGAAGACCGUUUAUCAAUUGAAAAUAACAGAGCUGUGUUGCAACAAAGGUUUGUUGAAGCCAAAACACUUGGUGAGCAAGUUAACCAGAUCAGGAUCAGAGUCAAUGAGCUGAAGACACAGCUGAAAAUUAGACGAAAGCAAAUGGUAGCCCAAGGUGUAGCAGGAAACCUAAUGCCAUCAGAGUCAGACUCUGUUGAAGAGAGAAUUCUCAACCAGAUAGAGGAGGAAAAGAAACAUUACAAGAUCAAAUCUGGAUGUCUAAAAGGGUUGAAGACAGAGAUUGAACAUCUACAGCUGUUGCAUGAAAAGCUGAAAGUGAAACUCCAAAAGGACUUUGAGAAUUGGUGGACCCAGGAGGGCGCUAGGCUAAAGGGUCACAGUGCAGAGAACACAGGAAGCAGUCAAAGUCACGUCAGCCCUCUCAACUGCAUGUUAACCAGAAACUUUGUCUUAGUUUAUCCUGCCACCAGAGCUAACAAGACCAAUCCUAUAACUAACACAGCAUUUAGAGCCUUACCCCCAGCUGAAUGCUCAUCUACCUCUAUUCCUUUAACUGGAGAUAAACAGACUGAUGAUGAUAUAGAGGCCUUCAUCAGAACCAGACACAACCUGCUCCACAGCACAGGAGUGGCAAAAUAAGAACAGUUAUAAAUAAGUACAGAGGAGGACAAACAAUGAAAAGUCACUCAUUUCUGCAAAACUCUGGGCCAGGUAAAUCAUUAUAGGACACCUUAAUGACUCUUAAACAUGUCAAAACCCUCAUGUCACUGGCUCUAAAGGAACGGGGCACACUGACAAAUAUAACAACAUCAAUUUAUAUUACAUAUGUCCAUUUACAAACUGUCUGGUUAUUGAUCUGUUCUGUUACCUUUUAGUGUAAAACUUGCUGAAAUGAGGAGAUCAGUUUAAGGGUGAUGUAGUUGCAUAGCAACUAAAUAAAUCAUUGGUAAAGGCAAAUGUUUUUACAAGCUAUCAUAAAGUUUUAACCUGAUCAAAGCUCUGUCUCCCUGCCUAACCUAAUAUAAUCUUUUUCACAGAGUGGUGAAAUCAUAUCCUUUGUUUGUUUGUUGACACUAUCAUUUUUUUGUCUUGUAUAUAUACAAGUUCUACUGUAAAAUAAUGUCAGUUUCUUGUUGUUUUACUGUAUUUUCUUUGGUCCGUUAUAAAACUGUUGGUAAAAUAUUUUUGGUCAUUUCGCUAUUUACAAAUGUUUUAUUACAUGUUGAACUACACCUGAUUUUGACUCAUUCACAUUAAAUGCCUGUAGUUUUUUGAGGUGUAAAAAUAUUAUCUUUUCAAUCAAUGGUAAAUUGGUCUUUUCUGCUUAGAGCCUCUUUUGGGAGAAUGCAAGUAGAGUUAAGAUAUUCUUUCAAAAACUUAUUUAACAGUGAACAAAUGCUGAUACAUGUUCUAUAAACACCUGUAUUUACAAUGUAUAAAGAGUUAUAUUUCAUAGAUGCAAUAUACAAUAAGUGCUAUUCUGUUUUAGAUAUUCCAAACUGUAGUCUUUCAUUUGUCAAUAGCAACCAUUUGACAUUUCUCUGAUAAAAAAUCUUAAGACUGAGAUCUGUUCAUUUUUGUUUUAUGAUGCACUAUUUUGCAUGACUAUGAAUAGAUUUGUUUGAGCAAUGAGGUUCUGAGCAGUAAUUUGCAUAAGGGAGCAGCACUUUCUUUCAUCAGAUUGAACAGGCAUAAAGUGGCCUUUCUUUGCUUCCUAUAUUCAUGCAAUCUGAAAUAUUCCAGCAAUGUACAGUACAGAUCAUGUGUCAAUACAUAUAAUGUUUAUAAAAUUAUAUGAUGAUUGUAUACAAUAACAUGGUAAUUUAGUAAGUUGCUCAAUCUCAAUUUAAAGUUUAAGACAUUGUAAUGUCAUUUUUAAGUUUUAAACAAAUUAAUAAAACUGUUUUAUUAAGCUUCACUGUGAAUAUAUUAGGACAUCUUAAUUGUAAAAUAUUAAAAUAAUUCAGUAUAUACAAGCAAUAAGUCACACAUAUCAAAUAUUUUUCAAAUUACAUUAAUGGUAGCAGCAGUAUUAUUGUAGAUGAACAGUGAGCCAGCCAUCUCUUGACUCUCAAAACUGCUCCAUUAUUUUAUUAUUCAUUUAUUUUAGAGCCUUGGUAUCUGAGACAUUUGAGAUUGAGAUUUUCUUUACAGGCAAAACAUCAACCACUGUGGCUCAGUUUAUUAUUUAUUUAUUGAUGUAUUAUUGGAUGGUUGUUAUCACAGGAAGCAAUGUUCCACUCAAACAGCGCAGUGUAUCAGACAUCCACUUAGAUUCUACCAGACCAAUGAGGAAUCAUUCCAUAUCUCUCUUCAUACUAUGGAGAAUUUAAAUUGCUGUACAGAAUGUUCUUAAUGACACAUUUUAUUUUAGGAAUACUUAGCUGAUGUGUGUGUGUGUGUGUGUGUGUGUGUGUGUGUGUGUGUGUGUGUGUGUGUGUGUGUGUGUGUGUGUGUGUGUGAUGUGUGUGUUUAAGCAUAGGGUACAGCUGUACAGCUCAUAUUAGACAUUGAAUUAAACUUUAUGAAUAUGGGUUUUGAGAGCUAUUAUUAUUAUUAUUAUUAUUAUUAUUGUAUAUCUGAUAGUAAAACACAUUUCACCUAUAUUAAUCAUAACACGGCUCAAUUUUGUGCACACAUCUUGUUACGUUUAUUCUUGUAUAUUGUAUCUGUUUUUUAACCUAAACCAUAUUCAAAUACACAUUCAAAUGACCAUAACUCAAACGAUAUCUAUUUCGUUAUUUAGUCAUACCUACAUAACUGAGCUCAAGUGCAGUGGUUCAGAGAUUUGAAAAUAGUAAAUGUUGAGGUUUCAUAAUUUGGCAUAAAUGUGUAAGUGUGUGUUCUUAUGGUUGCCAUUGGCAAGGCUGUAGAUCAGACAGGCCUAAAGUAAACAUAAUACUGUGAUGAAUUUAUGGCGAGACAUACAGACAACCAGAUGACUUUCCUUUUUUGUUGUGUGCUUAUGUACUCUUUGAAAUAAUUGAUUUAUGUAAACAACCCUUAACUGUAAUAGCUAAAUUUUGAUACAAGAACAUUAAACCAUUGGCAGAGAGUACUGACUGUAGCUUCUAACCACUUCAGUCUCCCUCUUUAAUUCCUCACUCACUGUGUCUUCUGCUCUCCUUCAAUCAACAUUUGCAUGCCAGGUCAUAAGGUCUGACUGGCAUUCAUUACACAAGGGGGUGAUUUGCCUGUCACAUAAACAGAGUAAAUCCACACCCAGUAGCACAAUCCUACAGCUGCACUGGCAGACAGGUGAGCCA